GCACAAGGUCUGACGACCGCUACCACCGUUGCAACCCGAACUCGCGCUAGCCCUUUACACCAUGAGCACUGAACGGGUUCACGUCCUGUCGCACCCUGUAGUAAACGCCCGGCUAUCCGCCCUGCGACAGGUGGACACCUCUCCGAAGGAGUUUCGCGAGGGCAUACACGACGUCAGUCUCAUCCUUGGGGUGGAAGCAACUCGCGAUCUUGAGGAAGAGACUUUCGACGGUCAAACUCCAAUCAGCACGUUUACCGGGACGGUCAUCAAGCCAAGGAUCGGAUUUGUGCCCAUCAUGCGAGCUGGUAUGGGCAUGACAGACGCCCUACUCACACUGUUCCCUACUGCUCCUGUUUAUCACAUCGGCAUAUUCAGAGAGAAGGUCAGCCUGCAACCCGUGGAAUAUUACUCCAAGCUACCGCCAUCGCCGCCGAUCGACCUGUGUGUCCUUCUAGAUCCGCUCAUCGCGACCGGAGGCACUGCUUGCGCGGCUUUGAACAUGAUUCUUGAAUGGGGCAUACCUUUGACGAAGAUCAAGCUACUUGCAGUCCUGGCAUCCCAAGAAGGUCUCAAGCACGUACAGACUCAACACCCGGGCCUUGAGAUAUGGGUUGCGGCGGUUGAUCCAGUUUUAACCGCGAAUGGCUUGGUCUCACCCGGACUGGGCGACACAGGAGACCGUUUAUUCAACACUGUUCAGCGUGCUUGACCUGGGUCUCGGCCGUCCUGACGUGUGCCUUUCGCACAGUAAUGCUUUAUACCGCAGGGUUCUGUUAUGGACGUUAGCGCCUCAGGCCACGUGCGUUGUGAGUAUACGUACUGUAGUUCGUCGAUUCGGCCGUACGAAUGCAACCCUAUAUGUUUCAAG